AUGUCACAAAAUUCAAAUCCACAAACACCUAAAAAUCAGUCUAAGCAAAGUUCCAAUGGUGGUAAUCAGCCUGGUCAAUCUCAACAACAUCCUCAACAACAAAAUAGACCCACUAGUCAAUUUUCUGCACAUGAUUUAAAUAGAAUUGUGCUGGAAUAUUUGAAUAAAAAGGGGUACCAUAGAACAGAAGCUAUGCUUAGAGCUGAAAGUGGUCGUACUUUAACUCCACAAAACAAAGAUUUUUUAAAGACAAACAAAACUGCAAAAAUCCCUGAGCCAUCCAAGAAACCACCGGGAAAUGAUAAAAAUAUUAAGCCUGUGAGUAAUCCACCAGGUAUAAUAGGUACUAAAAGAGAUGCAGAAGGUGGAAUAGUGUCUAGACAGCUAGAAACUAUAAAAGUACCAGAGAAUUAUAUUAGGGCGUAUUCACUAUUAAAAAACUGGGUUGAUUCAUCAUUGGAGAUUUAUAAAUCUGAAUUACAUUAUAUCAUGUAUCCAAUUUUCAUUUAUAUGUUUUUGAAUUUAGUUAAAAAGGAUGUUUUCCAAGCUCGUAGAUUUUUUGAUAGAUAUUCAUCUGAUUUUAAAUUAUAUCAUAGUGGUGAAAUUAAUAGAUUGUUUAGUGUAAAUUCAGUAGAUCAUAUCAAAGAAAAUGAAAUUGCCAGUGCAUUUAAUGAUAAUAAAUAUAGAGUCACCAUAUCGAAAACCGUGUUCAAUUUAUUGUUGUAUUUCUUGAAUGAAAAUGAAAGUGUGGGUGGUUCUUUAGUCAUAAGCAUCAUCAAUCAAUAUCUAGAACCAAAUGUUGUUAAUACAGUAUCUUCCAAAGUACAAUUAGCCGAUGGUAUUAAGACUUUAAAAAAUAGAGAUACUAUAGUAGGGAUUGACUCUACUAUAAAUUCUAAACCAGUCAAAUUGGGCCCAUUUCCAAGAGAUGAGGAUUAUGUAAAAGAAGUAGAAACUGAAUUGAAGAUCAGAGAUGAGCAAGAAAAGCAACAACUAGAGCAAGCAAAGGCAAAUGCAAAAAAUGAUUCAAAUAACGCUGACAGAAUAAAUUCACAGACAAAUAAAAUGGUCCAACAUUCCACUACAUUGUUAAAUGAGUAUAAAAUGUUAAAUAAUGAAAUACCAAGAGAAACACAAACCGGUUCAUUUGCAUCAAAUGACAAGGAGAAACAUGAUAGUUCAUUUAUUGACGAUAAAGAUUGUAAGAAUAGCUUAGCCAUGAAUAGAGUUCUUCUUCAGAUAAAUGAGAAGUUAGAAUCACCAUCUCAUGAUUCAUUGCCAUUGCCCCCAAAGACAGCGUUAGAUAUUAAACUGGAAAUUCAAAAAGUGAAAGAAUCCAGAGAUGCAAUUAAGCUAGAUAAUUUGCAAGUUUCAUUGCCCACAGUUUGCAUGUAUACUUUCCAUAACACAAACCGUGGAAUGACAUCAUUAGAAUUUAGUGACGAUUCAAGACUGGCUGCUGCUGGGUUUCAAGACAGUUAUAUAAAAUUAUGGACCCUGGAUGGGUCAUCAUUACUAACGAACAGGAUUCCACUAUCCAAGAGAAAAGAGAUAGAAUUGGGUGAUCCUUCAACAAGUAUGUUGAUUGGACAUAGUGGUACAGUAUAUUCAACAAGUUUCAGUCCCGAUAACAGAUUUUUGAUAUCGGGCUCAGAGGAUAGAACUGUUAGAUUGUGGUCAUUGGACACUCAUACCGCAUUAGUCAGUUACAAAGGUCAUAAUCACCCUGUUUGGGAUGUUAAAUUUUCUCCAUUAGGUCAUUAUUUUGCUACAGCGUCCCAUGACCAAACAGCUAGAUUAUGGUCUUCAGAUCACAUUUAUCCAUUACGUAUAUUUGCAGGGCAUUUAAGUGACGUUGAUACUGUAUCCUUCCAUCCAAAUGGAUGUUAUGUGUUUACUGGGUCUAGUGAUAAGACAUGUCGUAUGUGGGAUAUUAACAGUGGUGAUUCAGUACGUCUAUUCCUUGGACAUACUGCGCCUGUGCUAUCCACAGCAGUGACUCCAGAUGGGAGAUGGUUAUGUAGUGGUAGCGAAGAUGGUAUAAUUAAUGUUUGGGAUAUAGGCACGGGUAAGAGAUUAAAACAGAUGCGUGGACAUGGUAAGAAUGCUGUUCAUUCGCUAACAUUUAACAAAGAGGGCAAUGUGUUGAUUAGUGGUGGGGCAGAUAACACUGUUCGUGUAUGGGAUAUAAAAAAAGCGACAAAUGAACCAAGUUUAGAACCCGAAGAACCGUUUGUAGGAUAUAUUGGAGAUGUGACAGCUUCUGUGAAUCAAGACAUCAAAGAUUACGGUCGCAGACGCACUAUUAUACCAACUAAUGAUCUUGUAGCUUCAUUUUAUACCAAGAGGACACCAGUGUUUAAAGUCAAAUUCACAAGAAACAAUCUUGUGCUUGCUGGUGGUGCAUUUAGGGACAUAUGA